CAAUCUCUCGGCAAACCCUAGAAAAUAUCUUAACUCUAGUUUAUUAUUACGUCAGCUCUUCUAUAAAUUAUAGCCGCGUCUUCUCAUCCAAAAUCACAAAUCUCUCUCACACACCCUUCGAAACUUUUAAUCAAGAAAAUAAAAAAUGUCUGGAGAAGCUGAGUACCGGUGCUUCGUGGGAGGCCUGGCCUGGGCCACCGCGGAUGCGGAUCUAGAGAGGACGUUCUCCCAAUUCGGCGAAGUAAUCGAUUCCAAGAUCAUUAACGAUCGCGAGACUGGGAGAUCGAGGGGAUUUGGAUUCGUGACUUUCAAGGAUGAGAAGUCGAUGAGGGAUGCGAUUGAGGAGAUGAACGGUAAAGAGCUCGAUGGACGUACUAUUACCGUCAACGAGGCUCAGUCUAGAGGAAGCGGUGGCGGUGGAGGAGGCCGUGGUGGCGGCGGUGGUUACAGAGGAGGCGGUGGUGGAGGUUACGGUGGAGGAGGUGGUUACGGUGGCGGCGGUGGUGGAUAUGGAAGACGUGAUGGCGGUGGUUACGGAUCUGGUGGUGGCGGCGGAUACGGUGGAAGACGUGAUGGAGGUGGUUAUGGAGGAGGUGAUGGUGGUUACGGAGGAAACAGUGGCGGUGGUGGUGGUGGCUGGUAAUCGUAGAUGGAUGUGGUUGUCUGCUUCUUCUGCUAUGUGUUUGGUUUAGAUUCGGUUUCGUAUCUUGUUUCUCUGUUUUGUUAUGUUUCUGGUUUGGGGUUCUACUUGAUGUAACAGAUCGUUUAAAUUAAAAGUCGUCUUUGCCUAAAA